AUGGCGACCGAUCCUCUUCUUUCCGACCCUUUGCUGUCCUUGCGACGAGCAAUCGCAGCUCAAGCUCUCCCAACCCCGACAACAUCCUCAGACGUCUCCAACGCAGCAGACAACCUGACAGACGACCUCGCAAAAGCCAAUCACCUGUACUUCACUCACCCAGUCCCGUAUACACUUCCUCUCAACACAUUAACGCGUUUCGUCUCCACCGCAAAUAACGAUACCCGAGUCGAUUUGCGUAGUAUCUUCUUUGCAUGGCAGAAAAAGGAUGUCGCUAUUCCAGAGUACAUUGCAUCAGCGCAGGAGGUUAAUGAGGCGUUGAAACAGAAGAAGGAGAAGGAAGGUGGGCAGGAGGAACAGGUGCUGAAUUUGGUUUUUGUUGAGCGCUUGGAUUUGAUUACUUGGCUUGAAGGGGCUUCGGAUGAUAGUGAAUACAUUAGGCCGUUGGAAGGGGCUGCUGCUGCUGCCGCUGCCGCUGCUGAUGUGACUGCUCCGGCUGUGGCAGCUGAUGCUGUGACUGCAGCAGCGCCUAAGACGACUGUACCAGCGGCAGCAGGACCAGGUGCGAGACCGACUAAAGUGAUUGAUCCUCAGUUACAAGAGAUUUACAAUGGUGAGCGGAAGUUGGGUGAUCGAAAUACUGUCCUGCGUGGUAUAAAGCCGACGGACUUUUCGCAUAUUCGCAAAACUGCAGAGAUCUUCCUUGGUCGCAACCGCGGCUCGCGCGGUCAAUAUCCACCUGGAAGCAACAAGGGCCCUUCAGGCAAAGGAGGCAUCGUUGUUCCAGCUCCAUCAGCUGGACUUGCACUUCCUAAAAAGCCCGGCCCUUCAUCAGGAAGCUCACGACGUCCCGAUCCUAUCAUCCUCCUCUCUCCCUCCGCCUCAUCACCUAUCCGCCUCUCUAACAUCAAGACAUUCCUUCAAGAUGGUGUCUUUGUUCCCCCCAACCAUCCCACACUAGCCUCUCACACAACCUCAAACAUGCAAAUCAUCACUCGCCAAACCCGUAUCGGAAUCGCAUCAGGCAGCCAAGGCGGCAGCGGUGGUGCUGGCGGCGCCGCCCAAACCAGCAAAAGACCAACCCGCUUCAUCCUGGCCGACAGCACAGCAAACUUCAAACCGGACUACUGGCAACGACUCGUCGCCGUCUUCACAACGGGUCAGGCGUGGCAAUUCAAAACAUACAAAUGGUCCAAUCCACCUGAACUCUUUAGACAUGCUGCGGGUAUCUACGUCGGCAUGGCAGGAGAACACGUCCCGAAUCAGAUUAAAGAUUGGGGUCGUGGCGUGAGCACUUUCACCCUUGCUCGUUGGGACGAUAAGAAGGGUGUUGACGGUGCUGGACGGUGGUUGGAUAGGGAGAUUGUUGAACAUAUUUGGGACGUUAUUGAGAAUAAUAUGAAGGCUAAAGGGUGGACGAAGUGA